AUGCCUUCACAAACCAAACGCAAGAAACCUUAUUCUCAUUUUAGACUUCGCAAGUUCCUCUUCUUCACCGUUCCAUUCACCAUCCUGGCUCUCUUCCUCCUCCGCACCUCUUCUAGCUCCUCCUCCACCGCUUCAGUCUCCUCCUCUUACACAACAUAUCAGCCACCGUGGUUUGGCGACCUUCAAACCGCCCAAUUUCCCUGGAACCGCCUCGCUUUCUCCUUAACCAACCCUCCUCCCAAAACUCUAAAACUAGCUGUUUUCUCCCGGAAAUGGCCCACUGGGCCCAAUCCUGGCGGCAUGGAACGCCACGCCUUCACUCUCUACACUGCUUUAGCCCGCCGUGGACACCGCGUCCACGUGUUCACCUCUUCCUUAGACCCUUUCCUAAAAACCGACAAAAUCAUAAACCUUAAAAUCCAUCCCCACGGAGAUGCGGAGUCCGGGAAAUGGCGGUACAACAAAGCCUGGGAGCUUUACCAAGAAGAGAACCAGAAGCAACCUUUUGACGUGAUCCACUCCGAAAGCGUGGCCUUACCGUACUGGAAGGCCCGGGAGGUUCCAAACCUAGCCGUAACAUGGCAUGGCAUUGCACUAGAGAGCUUACAUUCAAGCAUUUACCAAGACCUGAUCCGUAAACCAGGCGAACCAAGAUUACAAAGCUUCAAUGCAAGCCUAUACAGUGCCGUGCUUCCCAAGAUACUCGACGAAAUCAGAUUCUUCAACAACUACGCUCAUCAUAUCGCAAUAAGUGAUAGCUGUGGAGAAAUGCUAAGAGACGUUUACCAAAUCCCGGAGAAAAGGGUCCACGUGAUCUUCAAUGGAGUCGAUGAAAAUGGAUUCACAUCAGAUAAGAAGCUACGGUCUCUGUUUAGGUCAAAAUUAGGGAUACAAGAAAACUCAUCAGCGAUUGUAUUAGGAGCCGCAGGGAGAUUAGUGAAAGACAAGGGACAUCCGUUACUCUUCGAAGCUUUUGAAAAACUAAUCGAAACGCAUUCUAAUGUUCACCUCGUGGUAGCUGGUUCAGGCCCAUGGGAGCAACGUUACAAGAAACUUGGCGAUCAAGUUACCGUUUUAGGAUCCCUAAAUCCAAAUGAGCUCAAGGGCUUUUACAACGGUAUCGACAUAUUCGUGAACCCGACGCUUAGACCACAAGGGCUUGAUUUGACGUUGAUGGAAGCGAUGUUGAGUGGUAAACCGGUCAUGGCGUCAAGGUAUCCGAGCAUAAAGAGGAGUGUUGUUGUUAAUGAUGAGUUUGGGUUUAUGUUUGCACCUAACGUGGAGGCUUUGACGACGGUGAUGGAGGUUGCGGUGGCUGAAGGAGCGGAGAGGUUGGCUGAGAGAGGGAGAAAGUGUAAAGAGUAUGCGGCGGAGAUGUUCACAGCAAGUAAGAUGGCUUUGGCUUAUGAGAAGCUUUUUCUUUGUAUAAAAGAUGAGAGGUUUUGUAUAUACCCCUAA